UUCUGCUGACGUCUGCUGAUGCGCUCUAUUACCUCUAGGAACUGGAAGGAGCGCUUGUGCGCGCACACGGCCUCCAGCUGUCAACUGUGUUUUGGUGCUACUCCCAAGUGCGUUUUUUAAUCCAUUUCUGUCAAAAUAAGUGCUCACUAUGGACACGUCUUACAAGUUUCCCGUUUUCUUUGAGUGCGCCCGUCUGAACGACGAUCUGCGGAAAAGGAUUGAAAGUUAUUUCCACAUUCGGCGCAAAUCCGGCGGAGGAGAUUGCGGCUCGUUGACUGAGGUCCGGGGGAACCUUUACAGCAUUGCUUUUAAAGAGCAAGAAGCUCAACAAAGAGUCCUCCAGAGAUCUGAGCAUAUAUUGGAGUUUGCUGGUGCUACUGUACUGCUGACUGUGCGGGACAGUGCCAUUCCCAGCCUCUUGUCUGAUAUCACUACGCUUCCAGGCCAGGCCGCCAGCCCAAACCUGAAUUUAUCACCCACACCUUUGGCAAAGCAGCAGUCCAAUAUUCCUCCAAACCUGCCACCAAGUACUGAAGAGUAUGAGCCACAGCUUGACAUUUACAUCCUUCGUUACCUUAAGGAAUCUCCAAAUGUGAGGAAGGAACUGGAGAAGCAGCUGGCCUUACUUUCCUGCACUGUGCAGUUUUAUCCAGAGGAGGGGAGGGUUUCAGUCAGGCGAGUAGCUCACCCAGGUGUUGUAGGGGGAAUUAAUGACUGGAAAUCUGAAGUGAAUAAACUGUUUGAUGGCUACAAGUGCCACUAUGAGGUGGACUCUCACAUAAUUAAAGCUCUGCUGCAGUCUUACAGCUCUAGUCAGACCACAGAUGAGGUGAAGGUAUACAGUGAGAUCGGGAUGGCUGUUGUUGUAGGGCAGCAUAACCAGGUGCAAGCCAGGUUAACAGAUGUAAAGUCUCUGCACGUUAAAAAUCGAGUGUCUUGUUCAGGUGACACACAAACCAGUGUUCGUCGAAUCGGUGAGGCAAAACUGCGUCUCCUCUGGAAAGAGAUUGAAUGCUGUUUAGGGAAAAACUUUCCAGCACUGAAAGUCACACAGGCUGAUGAAGGUAAGAUCAUUUUGGUGGGGUCUGUACAGGAAAUUCUCAAGGCUGGGGAGGUCAUCACGGAUAAGGAGAAACUAGUUUUGGAGAGGACAAUUACAGACAAAAGCCCACACUUUAUGGCCUUCUUAAAAAAGGUUUAUGGUUGUCCAGGGGGGCUUUGUGACUUUUUAGGAGUUGCUAAGAAAGUGGAGGCAGAAAUACGGGACACAACCUUACACCUUUUCUCUUUCACUAUCAACGAUUUAGAUGAAUCUGUAAAAAAGCUCCAAGAAUACUUUAAGGACGUCAGAUAUGAUAUUCCCAACUGCCCUGUUGUGCCUCCAGAGCUUUGUGAAAAGCUGAAGUCCAGGACAAAUGACAUGAACCAAAAGCAGCAUAGAGCUAAUGUUAUGUUUGGUGCAGAUGGCACUGUGCGAUUGCUCGGCCACUCUCAAGAGGUUGAAGAGCUGAGUGAAAUUGUAGCGCAGUUUAUUUUGGAUCAGGCAAGCGUCGAAGGGAAAGUCAUUCUCCCUUUCCGUGAGUUAGUUCAUCUUCUUCCAGAGUUUCUGCAGAUGCAGGAGUUUGACUCUUCAGGUGUUACCUUCAGUCCCGUAGCGUCUUCUUCUAGCCCCAUGGUGUUGCUUGAAGGUUCAUCCAGCAAAGUGACUGAAGUCAGGAACAGGCUGGGUCCACUUCUUGACUCUACUGUGAUCAACAGAGUGACCAUUGACCUGCCAGGGGCAUCAAGAUAUUUUAACAGUCACUCUGGAAGAGAUAGUCUCUUACAGGUUGCACAUUCUCAAAGGUGUCUCAUACAGCUCGAUGACCAGCAUCUAUUAGGCAGACAGCAUACUGGUCUUGCUAAAUACAAUCUUCAACAUGGGCUUCAGGUGAUGGUUUAUCAGGGUGACAUAACAAAACAGUAUGCUGAUGGAAUUGUAAAUGCUGCCAAUGAAGAUUUAAACCACAUUGGUGGUGUUGCUGCUGCAUUGAGUAAAGCAGGUGGUCCUCAAGUGCAAAUGGAAAGCAAAGCUCUUGUAAAACAGACUGGAAAAAUUGCUGUCGGUGAUGUGGUAGUGACUACAGGAGGGGACUUGAAGUGCAAGAACCUGCUGCAUGCUGUUGGACCUGAAAGUGGGAAAGCAAGUGGCAGAGAAAGAUGCUUGCUGGAGAAAACUGUCCACAAUGCUCUCAAUUUAGCUGAACUGAUGGAGUUCAAGUCUAUUGCCCUGCCAUGUAUUAGCUCAGGCAUAUAUGAUGUUCCCAUCAAGGUUUGUUCUGAGGCUAUUGUGACUGCAAUUAAGGAGUUUGGUAGUCAGGGUGGGCGAAGUCUUAGCAAAAUCAUACUGAUAGACAAGAGGAAGGAGGUGGUGAGGGCUAUGCAGGAAGCAUGUGACCGCCUUCUGCCAGGAAAAGAUUUGGGAUUCAAGAUGGAUGUCGCUGGUCAAGACACAGCAAACGAAGCCACUGCCGAAGUUCCUGUACAAGUUGAGAUUGUUCAAGGAACAAUUGAGAACCAACAGGCGGAUGCCAUUGUAUCUCCCAUGGUUGGCCAUGAUCCUGUCUCUACACGCAUCGGUAAUAUUUUAAAAGAAACAGUUGGGCCACAGCUUACAGAAAAGUUCAAUAAGGAAGCAGGAGGGGCAACAUUGCCAGGUGAAACAGUUGCAGUUGAAAGGUUACCUAGUCUCAAUUGUAAAGCAGUCAUCUUCCUCAACCUACUGACUUGGGAUAACAGCCAACAUGGAUCUGCAGCCCAGGCGCUGAAGCAGGGAAUUAAAAAGAUAAUGGAUACUUGUAAUAACAGAGGCUACAGCUCAGUUGCUAUUCCAGUGCUUGGGACUGGAGGUCUCCUUCGUUUUCCACACAACUUGGCAUCUAGGAUUCUUCUGGAGGAAGUUUCUGCUUUUGAAAAAAGGCGGACCAGCAAGUUGCCUUUCCUAGUCCGAAUUGUUGUUCACCCUAUGGAUAAAGAAUCAAGCAAGGCCCUCCAGUCCGCCCAGGGGACAUUGCAUCUUAGAGGAUUUGCAAAUGAUGUUAAUCCAAGCCAAGCUUCCUUCUAUCGACAUGUAUCCAUAACUAAUGAUGAGAUGACAGCCAUGAUGGGUGGAGUCAAGCUUCAGAUCCUCCGGGGUAACAUUGUAGCUGCAGGAACUGAUGUUAUCGUCAACACAACUGACUUCACUAACCAUCAGUCUGGUGUGUCCAACGCCAUUCUGACAGCAGCAGGGCCAGCAGUCCUCGCAGAGUUAACGCGAGUGGGCGUUCCUGCAGACCUCAUCCACUCAACACAACCUGGAUUGCUUGGGUGCAAGGAAAUCAUUCAUGCUAGUUUUAAAUCCAACUCCGAUGUAAUCCGCAAGACCUGCAAAAAGAUACUGAACUUGUGUGAGAGCAAAGGAUUUGCCUCAGUGGCUUUCCCAGCCGUUAAUACAGGACAGGGUGGUUUGAGUGCUGAGAAUGCUUCUAAAGCGAUGCUGGAUGGCAUGGCCUCAACAAUCAGGGACAUGAAUCCUACUUCUCUCUCUCUAAUUCGCAUCGUCAUCAUGCAGCAAGCGGUUUUCCAGGCUUUCAGAUCAGAGCUGGAGAGUCGCUUAGGAAAGAUUGUUCAGAGCCACCUCAGCCUGAAAGACAAAGCUAGACAACAGUUGAAGAAGAUCGAAAAAAAAUGUUCUAGAUUGUCAGCCGGGCUGUCAAAACCAGACCAAUCCUUCAUGUCUUUAAAACCCCAGCCAACAGUUUUACGGGUAAUCAGUUGUGGUCCAGAUGUCACCAAGGCAGUCAAAAGAGAUUUGGAGCUGAUUGUGCAGCAAGAGCUUUUUGAAAGAACAGUGGAUGUGCAUAGUUUUCACAAGUUAGAUGCUAUGGAGUUGGACGCAGUACAGGCAAAAAUCAAAGUCACAGGAAUAAGUCUGGAGCACAAGACCAUAGCUUCUGGUACAUCCAGGGGAAGAGAUCGGUCAGGGUCAGGGCAAGAUGUGUAUGUCCUGAAAGGUUUAAAGGAAGAUGUCUUGAGUGUCACUGAGCUAAUAAACCAAUCAGUCCAGAGAGCCCUUGAAGAAGACCUCACAGAGAAAGAGGAGGCAUUGUGCGCUCUUACCAUCCAGUGGGCAAUGAAAGAUGACAAUGGAGAAUGGCAAGAGCUGAGCCUACGUGAAAAUUACAUGUUGGAGGACGCUCACUUACAGGAAAAAGUGUUUUUGGAGAUGGAGACACCAGAUGGCAGGACUCUCAAUAUAAACUUAAAAUCACAGGAUGCCACGGACUGGAUAACUGGGAAAACAUACAAAUUGAAAAGAACACAGUCUGAAGCUUUGGAGUUACCACAGCACUGGGAACCUAUGCACAACGAUGUCUUCAAAAAGGUAGAGUUGCUGCCUAACUCUCAGGAAUACCAGGAAAUAGCUGGAGGCUUCCACAAAACUACCACAUACAAAAUUCAUAAAAUUGAACGUGUGCAGAACAUGUACCCGUGGAACGCCUUUAGCUUGUGUCGGCAGCGUAUACUAGCCAAGAAUGGUCCAGCAGAACUUGGUGAAAAGUUCCUCUACCAUGGUACAUCUGUAGCAUCCUGCGACUGCAUUGAAAGAGACAGAUUUGACAGGAGUUAUGCAGGAACACAUGCUGCCAUGUACGGAAAGGGAGUUUACUUUGCAGUCAAUGCAAAUUACUCAGCUGAUCGUUAUUCUCCAGCGGACCAAUCAGGAAUGAAGAGACUGUACGUUGCUCGUGUUCUUACCGGCCGUUACACAGUCGGCAAUUCCUCCAUGAAAGCUCCUCCUCCUCGUGGUACAGAUCGCACAGACUGCUUCGACAGCCUGGUGGACAACCAACAGCAGCCCACAAUGUUUGUUAUCUUCCAUGACGACCAGGCCUACCCAGAGUACCUCAUCACCUUUAGCUGAGCAGAAAUGUGCAUUUCCUUUGUUAAACACUAGAAAAAAACAAAACAAACAUAUAAUCUUUAAAGCACUUUUUCCAUUAUUGAAUUUAGUUUUUUUCUUUUCUUUUUUAUCUUAUUGUUAGAGGUAUUCGACUGUUCUUCAUAUAGCAAUACGAAUGUAUUGUAAGAGACAUGAGUGCAAUGAUUUUAGACUGAUAAUGGUUCAUAUUUGAAGCAAAUUCUAUAGAAUAUAAAUUUAAAGAUGCCAAUUUUUUUUAAUAGAAUAGAAUGUAUUAUGACAUUCCACACAAUGUGAGAUUCUGUUAGUCUAAGGUAUAGCAAUAGUGUGACGGAGUUGUCCAGUCAGUUGCAUCUGGAUAGAAUUGAAUGAACCAGGAUUUGACAAGAAACAUUCAUUGAUUCAGUUUGAAACAAGCUCAAAUAAUAGACAAAAAUUUCCAUUGUCAAUUUCACUUAGGACAAGGCAUUAAUCGAUUAAAAAACAUAGCUGAAAGGUUGGAGACAAUGGCGAUGGGGAACUGGAUAAACCAAAGGUGCCUGCUGGAGCCACAUAGAAAACUCAGCGGCUAUUUUCUAUAAUCUCAAGUGUUAGUACUUGUUUUCUUAAUGUGAUUUAAUGACAGUUUACAUGCCUAUUGCAACUCAGGAGAUAAUCAGAGGGCUGUUGAUCUAUUCCAGUUCCACUUGUUAUUUACUAAGGGAAACCAUUAUGCAAAACACAGAAGCCAAAAUAAAAUCGUUCAUUUGCA